GCCUUGUUGGCCCGUGGUUCUAUCAGCAGCACUCGCCGCAUAAUUGAAUAAUCUGAAUCUGCCGAGCGAAGAGCGCGAAACAAUAAAAAUAUCAGAUACGCUGCCCGUCCGCCGCCAGUUACAGAACAAAUUCGCUCCGAACACAACGUGGGCGCAUCUCGCAGGUGCCAAAAACGAGGUAGAUACACGGGAUGAAAGUGCGGUGGUUUGGUACCCAUACUCGUAGAGAGAUCGGUUCAUAUAUAUUUCCGUCGGGUAGUUUGCUAAUUUUAUAUGAAACAGUUGGUGACACAAAACAAACUUAUAUAUACUGCUAAUGCUUAUCGCUCCCAACAUUCUUGGAUAAUGAUUUCCACAAAACAAAAUACAGUGACGAAAUGGAAAAUUCUUGACUACAUUUAUUUAUGGCGAAGAGCUGCAGGAUGCUUGUGAUAUCAUGAGCUAUCUCUUGUAUAUUCAACAUCUAAGCCCCGAAAGUCGGUUAAUCUUCCAAAACCACUGUUUGCACACGAAGAGCAUGAGAAGGGUCACUCAAAUUACUUGGUAUUCAAAACCAUUCAAUACUAAACUCAAAGGCAGUUGAAUGGAUUUAUCGGAAACACAAAGGAUAUUGCCGUGAUACAACAUUGUGCCUGAAAUUCGGUUGAGCAUCUCCUGCGCAUCUCAUGCGAAAUCGAGAAUAGGUAGCUGCUGCAGCACGAGAGUCUAGCACGUUGAGAUCUGCCAAUGGCCAAUUAGCCGGGCCAAAACGGGGCGGAUGGGUGAGGAGGGCGUGGCCCAACAGCUGAUGGCGCCGAGCACGAGCCACGACGAAGUGCAGCAAAAGUUUUCUCGAGCGGAAAAAAGCUGCAUGCAGUGCAGUUUUCACAGAGCAACGGCGACUGGCGAACCAAACGGACGGAGCAAGCGGAGGAGUCUCGCUUCCAGUUCUCAGCCCAUCAGUUCCAGGCCCGGAAUCGCAUUCGGAUUCGAAUUCGGAAUCGGAUCAGAUAGCAUCCAGAGCACUAGCACAAUAAAAUACUCGAUCGUUGCAACAUAGUUUCGUGAGCGAUCCCCGGGAUGACCUCGCGAAUGUUCAAGUUCGGCGUGACCGCCGCCAGCGCCUGUGUGGGUUCCGUCCUGGCCUCGUACACCCUAGACCGCUGGAACACCCCCCACGUGGUUAACAAUGCCACCGUGCCGCCGAAAAGGAAGCGCACGCUGCCGCCGCGAGCGGAUCAGAUCAAAUCCCUGAUGAGCGGCGAGGAGUUCGACGUGCUGAUCAUCGGCGGCGGAGCAACGGGUGCAGGAUGUGCCCUCGACUCGGUCACGAGGGGUCUGAAGACCGCCCUGGUGGAGCUGGAUGACUUCGCCAGCGGAACCUCCUCGCGCUCCACGAAGCUAAUCCAUGGCGGAGUGCGAUACCUGCAGAAGGCUAUUUUGGGCCUAGAUCUAGAGCAGUACCGCAUGGUGAAGGAGGCGCUGGCUGAGCGCGCCACCAUGCUGGAAUCGGCGCCCCACUUGACCCACCCUCUGCCCAUCAUGCUGCCAGUCUACACAUGGUGGCAGGUUCCCUACUACUGGGUGGGCAUCAAGGCCUACGAUCUGGUGGCCGGCGAUCGCAACGUGAAGAGCUCGUACUACCUCUCCAAGAAGGACGCCCUCGAACUGUUCCCCAUGCUCAAGAAGGAUAAGCUGUGCGGCGCCAUUGUCUACUAUGAUGGUCAGCAGGAUGAUGCCAGGAUGUGUCUGGCGGUGGCGCUGACUGCCGCUCGCCACGGCGCCACUGUGUGCAACCACGUGGAGGUGAAGGAGCUGCUUAAAAAGGACGACGGCACUGGCAAACAGGUGCUGUGCGGAGCCAAGGUCAAGGACCAUAUCUCCGGCAAGGAGUUCACCGUGAAGGCCAAGUGCAUUGUUAAUGCCGCCGGUCCCUUCACGGACUCCAUCCGCAAGAUGGACAACCCUACGGUGAAGAGCAUCUGCUGCCCCAGCUCCGGAGUUCAUAUCGUACUGCCUGGCUACUAUAGCCCCGAUCAGAUGGGUCUGCUGGAUCCCUCCACCUCCGACGGCCGCGUCAUCUUCUUCCUGCCCUGGCAGAGGCAGACGAUCGCCGGCACCACCGACCUGCCCUGCGAAAUCACCCACAACCCCACGCCCACCGAGGACGAGAUUCAGUUCAUCCUCAACGAGAUCAAGAACUAUCUGAACGCGGACGUGGAAGUGCGCCGCGGCGAUGUUCUCUCCGCCUGGAGCGGCAUCCGCCCACUGGUCUCCGAUCCCAACAAGGACGACACCCAGUCCCUGGCCCGCAACCACAUCGUCCACGUCAGCCCCUCCAAUCUCAUCACCAUCGCUGGCGGCAAGUGGACCACCUACAGGGCCAUGGCCGAGCACACCAUCGACGCGGCAAUCAAGGCCUGCAGCUUAAAGCCAGAACGUGCCGAGGCGGUCACCGCUUAUCUGAAGAUCGAGGGCGGACAGGGCUGGACCCCGACCAUGUACAUCCGUCUGGUGCAGGACUUCGGACUCGAGUGCGAGGUGGCCCAGCACCUGGCCAAGUCGUACGGUGACCGCGCCUUCGCCGUGUCCAAGAUGGCUUCGCUCACCGGCAAGCGUUGGCCCAUCAUCGGCAACCGCAUCCACCCCGAGUUCCCGUACAUUGAUGCCGAGAUCCGGUACGGAGUGCGGGAGUACGCCUGCACCGCCGUCGAUAUGAUCGCCCGUCGCCUGCGACUGGCCUUCCUUAAUGUGCAGGCGGCCCAGGAGGCGCUGCCAGUGAUCGUUGACAUCAUGGGCGAGGAGCUGGGCUGGUCCAAGGACGAGAAGGAGCGCCAGAUCAAGCACGCCACCGAGUUCCUGGCCAACGAGAUGGGACACUCAGUGAACCGCACCUCCAAGGAGCGCAUACCCAUCAAGCUGUCCAAGGAGGAGAUCCAGACCUACAUCAAGCGCUUCCAGCUGAUCGACAAGGACAAGAAGGGCUACGUCUCCAUCAACGAUAUCCGCCGCGCCCUCAAGAGCUUUGGCGAUGGUGACGUCUCCGGCGAGCAGCUGCACGAAAUCCUGCGCGAGAUCGAUACAAACAUGAACGGCCAGGUGGAGCUGGACGAGUACCUUCAGAUGAUGUCGGCCAUCAAGACGGGCGACGUGGCCUACUCCCGAUUUGCACGCAUGGCGGAGCUGGAGGAGCAGAAGCACGAGGCGGCCAAUCUGAAGCAGAAGAUCAGCGUGGACCGAUCCGGAGGCGGCCUGUAAAAGCACCAGCGACUUAACAACGACGACCACAUCACCCGGCCAUCGGAUCACACUUAUUUUAAUUUUGCUGUUAAUAAAACUCUUUCAACUCACA